AUGGCAGACACUAGCAGGUUCCACUGUUUCAUCAGUCAUUCGAACACUCUUGCACCGGCAGCGUCAACGGCACUUGAGCCGCUGGCCGGACACAGCACGGUAAAUUCGAAACAGGAUGCCCAUCUGGCAGGGCGUCGGGUCCGCCGAACACGCCAAAGACAUCGGAUGAGUGAAAGUCGCGAUGCCGGCCAUCAAAGACACCUAGACCAGGCAACGCAACCACCUGAAAAACUGCCAUCAUCGCUUGACUGGGACAUUGACGGAACUCUCAUUGAGAAAUGCAUGUUCCAUCACGUCCGUCGGGUUACCAUUCCUGGAUUUCAAAACCUAGCGCUGAUGACCAAGCUUUGGAACAACUACAUCAUACCGCUGGGCUACUAUUCACACUCAGUUAAACAUGCUUUGGUAGGGCUCGGUCUAUCGCACAGAGCUUUCCUUGAUGGUUAUUCGCAUGCGAGCAAGGUUACGGAAGAUCAAGACUUUGCAAGUCUGGCCAUGUCGUACUAUGGCAAAGCUCUCAAGUCGACACUGGCGGACAGGGAGAAAAAUCUAUCUACUACGUCCAUCAGAAUUUCCCUCGUCUCUUGCCUCGUCUUUGUUUGUUUCGAGAUAAUAGAAGGGCGGUAUGACAAAGCAAUACAGCACCUACGGGGUGGCUCUAGGAUCCUCGGCUCCAUUCGAGAGGCAGUAGAGAGUCUUGAGAUGAACGGCGCUGAAGCCUUGUCCCCUUCACAAUUGUGUCUUGCCGAGACCGCCAGCAAGUACUUUGAUCAGCUCUCUGAUAUCGCCGUCAUGUUCUCCUGUAUUGGGGUCGAUACAGCCUAUUUGCUCGAGGCAGAAAUCACCCCUGAUCUAGACUUCUUCUUACGGCCUCCAGCUGUACCUGAGGCAUCUGGGCAUGAUCCCUUCAAGACCUUGGACGAGGCACGACUCGAAAUCCACCGUGUUGAAAAGGCAUUAGGCUCUAUCAUAGGCUUCAACUUUCGCCAGGCUCCACCACGUUCUUGGGCCUCUGUCCUGGAUCUACCUGGCGACAUGUCGCCCUUUGAAGAUGAGAUAUUCGACGCUUGGAUGAAAGCACGGCAUCGCCUGGAUACAUGGAGCUCCAGAGUUGAUAUGAGCAUCGAGAUAUGGCAGUCUGAUCCGUCGUUUUCUCCAGAGGCUUUGAAAGAGGCGCAAAUAUUGACGCUUAUCCAAAACGAUUGGAAGAUGAUCAUCAAGCAGUGCGAAACUUCCACCAUUGAAACGAUAGCUCCAGCUAUCUGGAGAAGUAUGCUCGACAGGGCUGAGGCCUUUUGUCCGUCCGGGGAAGGAAAUUCACAACAGCUGCCGCACUUUGCUAUAGCUGCAGAUACGAUCCCGCCGCUAGUGGUGGUUGCCACCUUUUCGCGAGACCCCGAUGUACAGUCGAGGGCUAUUUCGCUGCUCUAUUCUAUGAAGCGAAGGGAAGGUAUGUGGGAUAGCCGCGAAAUCGCCAGCAUUUUGGAGUCGAUCAACGCAGUUCGGGAGAGCGAUCUUUGGGACAAAGAAUAUGAGACAGCUUCGCUUCCGACCCUGGCAGAGAAGGUGCUAUCUCGGCAUCUCUGUCGUAGAGACGAGCAGAUGCCGCUGGCUACGUUGAUGAAACAAGGAUUCGCGUGA